AUGACCAUCGACUCUCACGUGUGGAACUGCUUGCGCAUAAUCUACGCAGCAGUGGAGCAGACGUUCACGGUGACAGUGGACGGAGACGCCGCUUGUGACUUGCAGCUGCUUGCCAAGGACGGCAUAUAUCUUAACGAAAUCCCGAUAGCGAUUCAUACAAUAUACCUCUAUCCUGGUUCUCGGGCGGACGUUGUCAUGUCCUGCGCGUGCGCCAGGGUGCGCGCAGGCUUCAGCCACCGGCGGAUGGUCAGGGCCAGGGUGGCCAAGGACCAAGGGAUGAUGGGCUACAUCUUGCUCACCGGCACGGAGGGCGCCGUCUUCGCGGAUGCCAAGGCAGUGACGCGCAAGAGCUACGAGGGGCAGGAGGUCACCAACCUGCUGGUGGACUCCAUCCAGAAGAGAGCGAAGGAUGGCAAGAACUACGGCGUCGUGGUGCUUCCGGAAGGCCUCAUCGAAUUCAUCCCCGAGUUCAACAAGAUGAUAGGGGAGAUCAAUGAGCUCGGCGACGGGCUGAAAGAGGAGGAUUCGUGUGGCCCCGCUUUCUGGAGCGCUCAAUAUCUUCUCCGUUUCCAACUCCAUUGA